CCCAACCUCCCCCUUCCUUCACCCUCCUCCAUGUCUCGCACGCCUGUCUCCUUUAAUGCCCCAUCUACUUAACGCCGGUAGCUAGCCACCACCACCUCGCCCUCAUCAUCAGCUAGCUUAGCCAUGGCCGGCAGCACUGCUCCCGUCGCUGUGCUCGUCCUCCUUUCGCUCGGGCUCGCGGCCACCGCGUGCCUCGCCGCGCGCGACGUCGCUGAGCUCAUGUACUCCGCGCCGCCCGUCGUCGUCAAGAAGCAGCCUCCCCGCGGCGGGAAGCCGUCCCCGCAGCAGCCGGGCGCGAACCCCGGCGUCGGCGGCGUCGGCGGCGCCGGUGGGGGCAUCCCGACCAUCCCGGGCUUCGGGAGCAUCCCCGGGAUGGGCGGCAUGGGAGGGUUCAACGUGCCCGGGAUGGGCGGCGGGUGGGGCGCCGGGUACGGCACCCCGAGCGGCGGGUACUCGCGCGGCGGCGUGGUGGUGCCCACGGUGGUGUGCUCCGAGAAGGGCCCCUGCUACAAGAAGAAGGUGACGUGCCCCAAGAAGUGCUUCUCGUCGUACAGCAGCUCCGGCAAGGGCUACGGCGGCGGAGGCGGGGGCGGCAGCUGCACCAUCGACUGCAAGACCAAGUGCGCCGCCUACUGCUGAUCGAUCGGACACGUACCACGGAUCAAUCUGUUCUGUGAAAAAGUAUAGUAUUCCACCAGGUAGAGUGUUUUGAGUGUGUGUGAUGAAUUAGGGGAUAUAAUAUAUAUAUAUGCAGUACGGUUAAAAGUUUAAGCUGAUGCUUGCUGGUGUUUAGUUUUUAAUUAGUAGCUAAUCAGUUCCAUGGAGUGUGUUCCUGUUUUUCGCUGCUCAGUUCAUUGGCUGGUUCUGUGGCUACGGUAUGGUUAUGAAUCAAUAAAGAGAAUUACUGUGAAA